AUGGGUCUCCUGGCGCAGUUCACUCUGCUCCUGUGGAAGAACUUCACUCUCCGAAAGAGACAAAAGGUGCGGCUGGUCGUUGAAGUUGUAUGGCCUCUGUUUCUCUUCGUCAUCCUGGUGUUAGUGCGGUCCACCAAUAAGCCUCUUUAUAAAGGCCAAUGCCACUACCUAAAUAAAGCCAUGCCGUCGGCAGGCGUGCUUCCCUGGCUUCAAGGUAUGACGUGUAACAUCAACAAUCCCUGUUUGAAAUAUCCAACGCUGGGGGAGACACCAGGCCAAGUCAACAACUUCAACAGCUCCAUAAUUUCCGGGAUGUUGAUAGAGCUGCAAACCGUCCUCGUGAACAGAUCUAUUCUCAGCAAUGCACAGUUGUUGGCUGAUGACCUCGACCAGUGGGGUUCAGUCCUGUCGCAGACUAACCCUGGAGAUGCUCAACCACUGAUCCUAAGGAGUAUUCUCAGAGACAAUGAAACUCUCUCUACUCAUUUGAAAGAGAAUUUAUCGCUGCCAUCAACGGUGGUCCAAAGCCUCAUGAAUGCCGAGAUUAAAUUCAAUCCAAUGAUGGGCAUCCCAAGGCCAGGCAACCUGAAGAGCGUCCUGUGUGAAGGGACAGACCUGGACCAGUAUAUCCAAUUUAGCAGCCGAGCUGAAAAAGAGGCUUUUCAAAAUGUCAGCUGCUCCCUCGACCCACAGCAACUGAAUAAUGCCCAGCAAGUACUCCUGCAAAACCUGGACGCGAGGAAAGUGCUUUCUAAGGUACCUUCAGCUUUGAAUCCAAAUGUAACGGACACAGUCACACUGAUGGGGAAAACCACUCAACAUGCAUUACCAGUGAUUGAAGAGAUGGCCAGAUUGCAGAACUCCAUGAUCUUUAAGGCUGCUGGUUCUUUGGAUUUCCAAAAUAACAUGAUUGGCAGUAUCAAUAUGCUCCUUUGUGGAAAGAAGUCUGACAUCAGUUUGGCCUCACCAAGACGGAUGGAUAACAAGAUGUCUGUCAUUAUUACAAGCAACAGUUCCGAUGCUUUUUGUCAGAAUCUUGUCGACACCCUGGAGGGCACACCUGGUCUGCGCUACAUUUGGAGCACCUUCAAGCAGUUAUUGCAAGGGAAAGUCCUCUACACACCUGAUACACCGGCUAUCCGCCUCAUCGUGAAAGAGGCAAAUAGCACAUUCAAUUCCUUGGCUAUGCUCAAAGAGCUCGCAGAUUUGUGGGAUGAAAUCGGGCCACGUAUCUCGGAUUUUCUUCAAGAUAGCCGCCAAGUCAACACAUUACGGGCUUUGUUGGCAAAUCCAGUGGUUGCUGUUGUCCUCGACCGGAGUAUCAACAACACGGGAUGGACAAGCGAGCUGCUGGCCAACUUCCUGUACAACGGGCUUCCAGAGGAUCGUCCAGCCGGCAUGCCGCCUUACGACUGGCGGAACGCUUACAACGCCACUUCCGAAAUCAUGAAGCUUCUCUCCAAAUUCCUCGGCUGUUUAGACCUGGAUAAGUUUGAGGCAGCCCCCACCGAAAGCCAUCUGGUGAGCAGAGCACAGGAGCUUCUGAAGAAUGGUACGUUCUGGGCUGCCAUUGUCUUUGAAAACCUCCAGUCCAACUCCAGCCACCCCUCUCCGUAUGUCAAAUACAAAAUCCGCAUGGACAUUGAGAAUGCAGAGCGUACCAACAAAGUGAAAGACAAGUUAUGGUCUCCCGGGGCUCGAGACAACCCCUUUAACGACAUGCGCUAUGUAUGGGGAGGAUUCGCCUACCUGCAGGAUAUGAUGGACCAUGGUAUUAUACGAGCACAAACGCCAAAGGCCCAACCACUUGGUGUUUUUGCACAGCAAAUGCCAUACCCCUGCUUCGUGGAUGACGUGUUCCUCCGGUUUCUGGCAAGCUCCCUCCCCUUAUACAUGACUUUAGCCUGGAUAUACUCAGUGGCCAUGAUCAUUAAGGGCAUCGUCGCAGAGAGAGAGGCGAGGCUGAAGGAGACCGUGAGGAUCAUGGGCCUCAGAGGUUCCAUCUAUUGGCUGAGCUGGGCAGUGUCCAGUCUGUUGCCGCUGGCCUUCAGUGCCCUCCUGCUUUGCCUUAUACUGAAGUAUGGCAAAGUGCUGCAAUACAGCGACCCCUCGGUAAUCUUCGUCUUCCUGCUGGUGUUCUGCCUGGCCACCAUCACUCAGUGCUUCUUCAUUAGCGUCUUCUUCUCUAAGGCCAAUUUAGCAGCGGCGUGCGGUGGCCUCAUCUACUUUGUCCUCUACCUGCCACACCUCCUUUGCUAUGCCUGGAGGGACGUCAUGGCUUUUCAGGCCAAGGUUGGAGUGAGUUUGUUGUCAUGUGUGGCCUUUGGCUAUGGCUGUGAGAACUUUGCCAAGUUCGAGGAGCAAGGCAUCGGCAUUCACUGGUACAACAUCAACAAGAGUCCGGAAGAGGGAGAACGCUACACCUUCAUCGUGUCCAUCCUCAUGAUGCUCUUUGAUGCUGCCUUCUACUGGGUGCUCACCUGGUACAUUGAGAAUGUCUUUCCAGGCCAAUAUGGAAUCCCCAAGCCAUGGUACUUCCCAUUCACUGCAUCCUACUGGUGUGGGACAGCUUCAGCGAUUAAUAUUGACGCCGCCGUGCUGAAGAACUCCACUGAACAUAAUGAGUACCUGGAGAAUCCUACACCCAAUAUGAAAGCAGGGGUCUCAGUCCGCAAUCUCGUUAAAAUAUACAAGACCGGAAAGAAGCUCGCUGUGGACGGACUGAGUAUGGACUUCUAUGAGAAUCAGAUCACAUCUUUUCUUGGCCACAAUGGAGCCGGGAAAACGACCACAAUGUCAAUUCUGACAGGAAUGUUCCCACCUACAUCAGGAACAGCGCUCAUCAACGGAUAUGACAUCCUCACUGACAUGGACAGCAUCCGAAAGUACUUGGGAAUGUGCCCACAGCACAAUGUCUUAUUCGAUAAUAUGACAGUGGAGGAGCAUAUCUACUUCUACGCCCGGUUGAAAGGACGCAGCCGCGCCGAGGUGACAAUUGAGAUAGACCAGAUGAUUAAGGAUGUCGGUUUGCCACAUAAGCGGAAGGAUCUGGCGAAGAACUUGUCAGGUGGGAUGCAGAGGAAGCUGUCCGUGGCUAUAGCAUUUGUCGGCGGCUCAAAAGUCGUCAUCUUAGAUGAACCCACAGCAGGAGUGGACCCCUACGCCCGCAGAGGCAUCUGGGAACUGCUGUUAAAAUACAAACAAGGUCGCACCAUCAUAUUGUCUACACACCACAUGGAUGAGGCAGACAUCUUAGGCGAUCGCAUUGCCAUCAUCUCGCAUGGCAAGAUGCGUUGCUGUGGCUCCUCCCUCUUCCUAAAGAAACUUUUUGGCAGUGGCUACUACCUCACUCUGGUCCGAGAUGGGACUGAGAAGAUGACAGCUCAGCGUCGUGGUAUCAUACACCAUCAGACUAAAGAGGAGGAAGACGGUCCUUCGAGGAGCAGCAGCCCGGAUGAUGGCAUCGGCAGCCAGAGCUGGGAUAACUCUGAUCCCUCAGGGAUGACAGCUCUGGAUCAAAUUGUGCAGCGCCAUGUCCCUAAAGCGGUCUUCUUGGAGAGCAUCGGUCAAGAGAUAACUUACAUACUGCCUUACAGCGGAGCCAGAGAUGGGACCUUUGCUCUGCUGUUCCAAGGGCUUGACCUGGCCAUGGCUGACCUUGGCCUGACCAGCUACGGCAUCUCUGACACCACGCUGGAGGAGAUAUUUCUUAAAGUGGCAGAAGAUACUGGAGUGGAUGCAGAAAUACCAACAACAAAGGAGCUGUUGGAGAGAGACUGCAGAAGAGGCUCCCGCACAACCAAGCGGAACAGCAUCGCCAGCGUCCACAAGAACACAGAGCCGCUCUCUGAAAGGAGUGAUUUAAAGGAAAGGUUCACAAGUAAAGUGGAAGACUUAAAGAAGAAAGCCAGUGUCAAUGGGAAGGGAUCCAUGGUCAUCACCGGAUGGGAGCUGAUCAGGAGGCAGUUCCUGGCGCUUUUUAUCAAGCGCUUCCACCACGCCCGAAGGAGCCGCAAGGGACUCAUUGCCCAGGUUGUCCUGCCUGCUGUUUUUGUGUGCCUGUCUCUGAUCUUCUCGCUCAUCAUCCCACCGUUCACUGAAUAUCCGAGUCUGGAGCUGCAACCCUGGAUGUAUGAUCUGCCUCAAACCACCUUUUACAGCAAUGAUGGGCCAGAUAAUGUGACGUUGGCUAAGGUGGUGGAAACCUUGGUGAACAAGCCUGGCUUUGGCAGCCGCUGCAUGGAUGGAGACCCAAUACCGAUGCUACCUUGUUCUUCCAGUGGCUCUGAUUGGUUCACUCCAUCCGUGGAUCAGUCUGUCGCUGACAUCUUCCUCAAUGGGAACUGGAGCAUGUCUAACCCCUCCCCCUCCUGUCAGUGCAGCACACCUAAACGGACAAUCAUGUUUCCUGACUGUCCACCUGGAGCAGGAGGGCUCCCUCCACCUCAGAGGAUCCAGAACACAACAGACACAUUGUUGGAUCUAACUGGACGGAACAUGACGGACUUCUUGAUCAAGACUUUUGCACAGUCGGGUAAAAAAAGGUACGGAGGCAUCUCUGUCGGAGGCGUCAACUCCCAAGUCCGUAUGAGCGAGGCCGAAGUGGAAGCUUCAUUCAGGGAUCUAAAAGAACUAUUACGCUCCUCUCAGGAUAAUUUGACUGACCAGAUCCUCCAAAAGUCUGAGACGCUGCUGAAGAAACUGGGAACCAGGGACAACCUCAAGGUGUGGUUCUACAACGAGGCAUGGCACGGCAUGGCGUCCUUCCUCAGCGUGGCAAACAACGCCAUCCUGAGGGGAAAUCUGCCGGCAGGACAGGAUCCCAGCCAGUACGGCAUCUCUGUGUCCAAUCACCCCCUCAACCUCACCAAGGAGCAGCUCUCCUUUGUAGCUAUGGCCACAACCUCUACUGACGUGAUGGUGUCCAUCUGCGUUAUCUUUGCCAUGUCCUUCAUCCCUGCCAGCUUUGUCCUCUUCCUCAUCCAAGAGAGGGUGAACAAAGCCAAACAUCUGCAAUUUGUCAGUGGAGUAAACCCAACUAUCUAUUGGUUGGCCAAUUUUGCCUGGGACAUGUGUAACUACAUCAUCCCAUGCUUGAUUGUGAUCGUGAUCUUCCUCUGCUUCCAACAAGAAGCCUACGUUUCACUUGCUAACCUGCCUGCUUUGGUUCUGCUGCUUAUUUUGUAUGGGUGGGCCAUCACCCCCAUGAUGUACCCCGCCUCCUUCUUCUUCAGCGUGCCCAGCACAGCCUACGUGGUGUUGACAUGCAUCAACCUCUUCAUCGGUAUUAACGGCAGCAUCGCAACCUUUGUUUUGGAGCUCUUUGAUGAUGACAAGGUCUCCCGCAUCAAUGACAUCGUGAAAAAUGUGCUGCUCAUAUUCCCACAUUUCUGUCUGGGCAGAGGACUUAUUGACAUGGCCAAGAACCAGGCGAUGGCCACCCUCUUCAGCAAUUUUGGGGAAGACCGUUUCCAAGACCCACUCAGCUGGGACAUGGUGGGAAAGAACCUUUGUGCGAUGUCCAUCCAGGGAGUUGUCAUGUUUGCCACCACAAUCCUCAUCCAGUAUAAGUUUUUCUGCAAACCAAGACUGAUUUCAGGAAAAUCCUCAUCUCCAGAGGAAGAGGAUAUUGAUGUUGCUCAGGAACGCAAACGCAUGUAUGAAGGCAAGGCCCAGGAAGACCUUCUGAGGGUCUACGACCUCACCAAGGUAUACUCUCGGAAGAGCACCCCUGCUGUGGACGGGCUAUGUGUGGGAGUACCUGCCGCAGAGUGUUUCGGCUUGCUGGGAAUCAACGGGGCUGGGAAAACCACCACGUUCAAGAUGCUGACGGGAGACAUCCCAGUCUCCAGUGGAGAGGCCUUCCUAAAUGGAUACAGCAUACGAACAGAAAUGAGGGAGGUGCACCAGAACAUGGGCUAUUGUCCCCAGUUUGAUGCCCUUGAUGAACUGCUGACUGGACGAGAGCAUCUGGAGCUUUACGCCAGAUUACGAGGGGUACCAGAAAAAGAGGUCACCAUGGUGGCCGAGUGGGGCAUCCAGAAAUUGGGGCUGGUCAAAUAUUCCAGCAAGUCGGCAGGAACCUACAGCGGUGGGAACAAACGCAAACUUUCGACAGCGAUAGCCCUGAUUGGUUGUCCGCAAGUGAUUUUCCUGGAUGAACCGACAACUGGGAUGGACCCCAAAGCCCGGCGCUUCCUGUGGGACUGCAUCCUCAGCGUCAUCAAAGAGGGACGCUCAGUCAUCCUCACAUCACACAGUAUGGAGGAGUGUGAAGUCCUGUGCACACGCAUGGCCAUCAUGGUCAAUGGUUGCUUCAAGUGUCUCGGAAGCAUCCAGCAUCUCAAGAGCAGAUUUGGUGACGGCUACACGGUGAUUGUGAAGGUCGGUGGCUCUUCUCCUGCAUUGAAGCCGGUAGAGGAGUUCGUCCAGCAGUCCUUCGUGGGCAGCGUCCUGAAGGAGACGCAUCACAACACUCUGCAGUAUCACUUCCCGUACGCACAGGGGGCUUUGGCCAACAUCUUCAGCCAGUUCACCCGGCAUCAGCAGAGGCUGGGUGUGGAGGACUACUCCGUGUCCCAGACCACGCUCGAUCAGGUCUUUGUUAACUUUGCGAAGCACCAGCACGGGGAGGAGAACUCUCAGGCCUAUGACAACGCAGUGGACACUUCAGAUGAGAUGCCAAUGAAGUCUAUGAAGACCUCCCAAGAAGCAGAGAUGGCAUAACACCCAUUAUACACAUGAUACACAUUACAAUGACAGCGAUAUACUUCAAUCAAGCUUAAAUUAGUGUCAUUUCCAACAGCAGAAGAAUGGGCUCAACCUUUUUGCUCGGCAUUGUUUAGUCGCUGAGACCACCCAUGACUGGCAUUGGUCAACGACGUCAUGUACUGUACUUGUUUGUGUUGUUUCUAUAACCACCCUUGCAUAACCGUCCCUAACACAACUCAUCUCCAUCUCAAGUUACAGUGAGUUUACACUGCAAAAUCGUUUAUGCUCUCGGGCGUUCUGUAUAGCCUUCAAAUAUUUAUUCUCCUGCAGAUCACACUUUGGUCAGUUAAUGCUGUCUCUGCAAAGUCAACACCAUAGACGAUAGAAUAUGGAUGUAGUCUCCAUAACCUCUCCCACAGGUCUCUGAAGAGCUGUUGCAAAGCCCAGAGUCUGCGCCUCAGGCGGUCUCCAUCUUGGGCAAAGAGGUGGCUCGUCGGAGGAACUGAAGUUACAGCGAGGGAACGGGUACGGCACCCACCUGCCCUCAAUCACGUUCAGCUUUAGGCCUUAAUAUAAUUCAAACGGGUGUGUUGUAUAAAGAGUUAACCCCCGUACAGAUGAAAGAUGAUGCAAACAAGUUUGCUCAAGUUUCGGUUGGGAUAAUUCUGUCCUCCCAAACAUAUCAGUAGGGACACGACCCUACCGGUCGCAUGCAGACCUAGAUCCUUCUAUUCCAUUUCAGAUGUCAGCUUUAGUUUGGAAUAUAUUGCUGACCUCAGCAUAGUGGAGGAGAGUGGAAGGACCAAAUAAUCUUCCAAAAGCAUCUUACUUUGCACAAUAUUUAGAACACCUCAGGGUUGAACUUCAAAUGUAAUUAUGUUUGAGAUAUUUAGUUGUUUAUAAUGAUCAUAUUCUGAAAUGCAAAACGGUGGAAUAGAGAGGAGCUUGCCCUGAUGUUUUAGAUAGGUUACAUACAUAUACAUAUCGAUACAUACCUACAUGUAAGAAUGUUUAACAACUCAUUGAUACACAGUUAGGUCUAACCUCAUAUUGUAAUUUUCUAAAAGGUACGUCAAUGAUUGAUUUUGCUAAAAAAAGAAAGAGGUUAUAAUAGCAACUCUGUGUGAUGUGCUGCCUUUCAACACUUGAAUGAGCCUCCAAUCGGCUGUAGAUGGUGUUUAAUCAAAGACAUUGAGGUUUACAGCAGCGGAACGAUGAGUCAACCAGCUGUUAAAACAUGUUGGGUCUGCAAGAAAGACAACACAUCCCAUGUGUGCUUACAGAUGACUCAUUUCUAGAGCCUUUGUGACUGUAACUGCAGUUACAGUCACACAUGUUGUCACAAUGUGCCUUUUAAACAUGUGUGGAAAGCCUUUGGAAAUCAAUGGGCCCAAGCAGCACGUCUUGUUUUCUAUGUUAAAGAAAUACUUCACCACAAAACUAUUUGCAUAUCAGUUACUCACCGUGUGAGAUCAUGAGUUCUUGAAGAAAUACAUGUUUGGGAAAUAGUGAGCAUACAACUAGAUCAAUGGGACUUAUUCUGCACGAGUGGUGUGGGAGUUUGUAAAGCGAUGUUGUAAUAUAGUAAAGACGGGAUGAGUAAUUGAUUUUAAAACAGUCAUUUUGUGGGUGAAGUGUAACUUUCAGAUGUGUAAAAUGAUAUUGAUGUAAGACCACCUUAAGUUCCUGUUCUAUCAAGUUUACAAUUUACAUAAAUGCAAUCCAAAAUGAUAAUGUUUCUAAUUUUUGGGAAACUGUAAUAUAGAAUUUAUGUCAUCAAUGUUUUAAUACAAUUACACAACCUAUCUGUAAUAUGUGCAAUCUUGCCUCAGGAAUAUCUCCAUUGAAAUGUAGAGAAUGGUUCAUAGCUCGAUUAUUUUCAACAUUACCUUCUGUACUGUAACAGUGAGAGGCCGUAAUGGCCUUUGAUUAUAAACCUGACGCUGCUCACAUUACUUUGCACUUAGUCCAGAAUGUGAAUCCUUUCUCAGUUCAUGCCUCACCAGUUUAUUUUGAGAACUUGACGUCAUUGUUCUGCUGUGCUCAGAUGACUGUCAUGCCGGUUGCAAAGAAUAAUAAAUCCUAUCUCCACUGAAUCCUGCCAAGACAAAUUAAACAUUUGCACAAAUUGUAAUGUGACUUGGACUCACAGUUUUGCACAUUGCUUUAUUUGCACAGAGAGUUCCACUUUCUACAUGCGGUUUUAUUGUCUUUCUUUUCACUCCUUUGUGUCUUUCACUUUGAGUGUCGCGUUAGGCUGCAGACUCCAUCACACGUCCAUCCUUUAACUGAGACCAUGGGAUGCCAGAUACUGAUUGCACCAGAGUGGGAAAGGCAUUUUGUAUUUCACAUUUAGUGGGGUAGGAGGGAUAUUUUGUCUGCCAGAUGCCUGAGGAUGAAUUGGUUUUCUUGUCAAACUAUAUUACACGGAUACUUUUACUGUGUUUCUUUUGUUAUGUUCCUUUUAUUGCAGCAAAUUCAAAACCAGUAUUCCUUCUGUUAGUUUUCUUUCGAUCUUGUUUAUAUAUCACAACAUAUCUCGCUCUUGUUUUGAAACAGCUCUCCUAACAAUAAUUUGUGUUUCUGUGAUUUUAAAUACAUUUCCAACACUGAUAUCCUGUUUUUUCCUUCUGGAUUAGACAGUCAACAUUUUUCUGCUCUACUUUUCCUUCUAAAUUAUAGAGAUACAUUAUGUAUUUUUUAUUUUCCCUCAGCUACACAUGUGUUUGUUUGUGUUUCUUGGGAGUGGCAGUCCGGGGGGUUUGAGGAUAGCUG